UACCUAAUUUUCCCAAUUUAGUUCAUAACUCUCCUCCACUCUGCUCAAAAACUUCAAAUCUUCAAAAUCAAUGAAAAGAACUCUCAAAAUCUGGCUCCGAAACCAAAAUCAAAUCCAAAUGUGCAAUUCACAGUCGGAGAAACGAAAAUGGAAGAUGAAAUUAUCUUCCGAACAAGCCAAAUUAUUUCUUUUUUGGUACAGAAAUAUAUCAGCUAUGAAGGUUACUACUAUGUUUUCUUUGUCUCUUUGUCUUUUCAGAAUUUGGGUAUUAACUAGAAAUUUGUGUCAUCCAGUAAUUUUUCUCUUUUUUUUGGGGGAGUUACAGAUUGUUCCCUUAUUAUAUGUCAUUUUUGAACUCUGAUGAAUUGGGGUUUCAAAAUUUAUAUGCUACUGUAUUUGCUUUACGUACAUGAUUUUUAUAUGCUUUAUUUGACCCGAGGGUAUGUACACACCACCCUGUUCAGACCCCAAUUGAAAAAUUAUAUUGUGUAUGUUGUUGAGAGAGAGAGAAAGAUAGAAACUUUACAGGUUGAAAAAUCCUAAUGUGACAUAUCUAUGCUAUAUUAUCAGAUAUGAAGGUUAUUACUGUGUUUUCCUUAUCUCUGAAUCUUGGAAUUUUGAUUUGUAUCUCUAUGGUUUGAGAAUUUUAUCAAAAACAACCUCUCAACCUUCCCAAGACCCCGGAUAUGAGAUUACACUGGUAUGUUGUUGUUGGUUUGAGAAUUUUGGGUAAUGUUAGUAUGUAUUUGGGGGUGUUACAGAUUGUUCCUCAUUUUGAUAUUUCAGUUCUGUAACUCUAAUGGUUUCAUUUUCAAUAGACUGUAGAAGCUCUAAUUACAAGACAGACAAUUCAGUGUGAUAUCUAUAUGCUAUAUAUACUUUGUGAUAUGCCUUUCAGCUAAGUGUGCUAGAAUUUUUAGAGUCCCGAUACAUGUACCGAAAAGGGAAAACUAAGAAAAAGAGAAAAUAAGUUCUAUCUGCAUUUCUGUUUUCUAUUGAGGAAUUAAUUACUCAUUCGAUGAUUACCUUUUGUUCAAAGUGGCUAGAAUUUUUUCCUUUAUCAUUUUGUUGGACUUUAUUCUCAAACUUAUAAGCUUUUAGUAUUUCAAGAUGUAUCCGAGUGGUAGAAGAUGCAACUGUUAUGAGUAGGACAAUCUUAGAAUGAUAUUUACUUAAUAUUAUUGAGAUUUGUCCUUUUAGCUUAUCACUUUCAAGAAAGUAAAGCUUUUCAGAUGCCAUACAAACAUUAUGCUCCCAAAACCCUGACUUCAAAUUUUGGUGUGGAUAUUUUCUGUUACCAUGGAGUACCAUUUUACUAGUGAAUCAUGAAUUGGUUCAUCCACAUGAACACAAUGCACCAGCAAUUUUUCACGUCAAAUGUAGCCAUUUAAACACCUGCCCUGCCCCCCCCCCCCCCAAACAACGAAGAAAAAGGAGACAAAUGGGAUAAUGGGGAUAAGUAGUGGAAUAGUGGAGAUAAGAUUAGAUGGCUACCUCAUAUUAAUGUAAUUGAUACUCUUAACCCUUUAAUUGGAAAAAGUGGGACAAACGAAAUAAGUAAAAGUUGUUAACAACGACGACUAUGUGCUAAAACAGUGUUACAAAUAUCCUUUCUUUCUCUCUAAAUUAGUGGUGUAGAAAACACCCAAGGGUGUGGUCUAGUGGUCAAUGAAGUGGGUUAAGAACUAUGAGCUUUCAGGUUCAAAUCCCAGUAGAUACAAAAACAUAGGGUGAUUUCUUUCCAUUUGUCCUAACCUUGUUAGUUAGAGUUAGUACUUGUUGCUGGUGGAAGGUGAUAGGUAUCCCGUGGAAUAAGUGGAGGUGCACAAAAUUUUGCCCGGACACCACUGUUAUCAAAAAUAAUAAAAAUAUAAUUAGUAGUGUAGAUAGAUGGUCUAGAAUACAUAUUUUCCGAAAGAAUUCCAUGCGAUUUCCAAAUGCACUGACAUCUGCUAGGAUAUUAUCAAUUGCGAGAUAUUGUUGACCAAAUCUUAAGAGUGUUUGCAUUCAAUAGGUGUAACAUUACUGAUUUUGGCCUUACAAUAUUGUUCCCAUCCAAGAAUAUGAGAAAUAUAAAAUAAUUCUUUUCUUAGGACUUAGUUUCCAUAAAAAAUUAAAAGUAACAGCAUAUAUUUUAUAAACAUGUGGCUGUUGGGAGAUUGUAUUAAGUGGUUAUUUAGUUGUAAUAGAAAGGGUCAGAUUAUGAUUCCUGCCAUAAGGUGAUGUUCUGCAAAUUGAAGUCUGGAGAAGGAAAAUUUGGGCAAUGAACAUUUCUUAGAUGUACCCCACGAGUUUUAUGUUUUUCUUAACUUAAUAAUGCUUUCAUCUCAUGUAUUUGGUGAUGAGAGGGAAACACUUUUCUUGGAACGUCUAGCUAAAACUCAAAUGAAAGAUAAUUGAAGAACAUAUCAGUCUUUUGGUUUCUCAUAUAACAUGACCUAUUCUAACUGAGGUAAGUCAUUCUAACUGCUAUGGACUUGUAUGUCAGCCCUAGAUUAUUCUGGACCUCUAAAUUUAUCCUUUUCACAGUUUUUAUUUCGAAGGUCAAGAUUGCUGGGAAACUAGGAGAAUUUCUUGGCAUUUGAUCAUAUUCAAGUUUGUCAUCUGUGAUUUAUUUAAAAUUGAAAAGGGAUUUACAAUUUGUUAGCUUCUAAUUUUUCAUCAAAAACAAUUAUUAGCUUCUACUUGGUGCAUUCUGUGGUGUCCAUUUGAUAAAUGCCCAUCUUUGAUGUGUCUACAACAUUGUUCUUCCACAAGAGACUUUAUGGAAGUUAUUCACCUUUUCGAGUUUUUUCAAAUUACUUUAAAAUAUUUGUCUCUCCGGUGAAACAAAUCUUAAGUAUUUUAGUUGUUAAAAACGCGGACUUUGUUCUGCCAAAGAUAGUAAGAUUCUGUAGAUUGGUGCUUUUGUUGAUUGUGGUGUGGAGUAUUUCGUUCGAAUUUUCUGCCAAAAUAUUUCAAAAUCGAAUGUUUUGGUACACCAUUUGUUCAACUGGGUGCCUUUUUUAACUUAAUGUGGAGCAAGGCAAAAGGCAGAUUUAGGAUUUUAAGUUAGUGGGUGUAAAGUACCCCGAGCUGCUCCUUUGUGCCAAUAUGUGCAAACUUAUUAUAAAUACAUAUCUUCUAAUGCUUUUUAACUAUAUAGUAUGAGUGAUAGCACUUAGCAGCGAGUGUGCAUAUGCCAUUGUUGCAUCCUCUAUGUGCAAGUCUAUAGAUCUCUUUCAGAUAUCCUUCUGAUUAGUCUCUAACAAAUAUAGAAAGAUAUGCUUCAUUGCUGUAGUUGUAGUUCACCUUAAGCACAAUUUUCUGUCGGCGUGUCUUAUGAAUAUUUUUUUGAUACAGAAUGUCGUGUCUUUUAAUGUAACCUUCUUUCUAAUAACAAAAGUUAAAAAUAGAGGGCGUGAUCUUUUAAUUAUAUACUUUUUGGACCCAAUGUAGUAAGGACUUGUAGAUCUUAUUCCUAAUACAGAAACAUCUGGUCAAAUUCUUACUAUUUUGAGCAUCUUGAAUAUCCCUUUUCCUAUUAUUUUUUUUACCUUCCCAGAGCUAGUUCACUAAUCGGACAUUUACUGUUUGCUUGCUUUAAAUGGUUAACAACUUUUAAAAACAAAUAUGAAGGGACUAAAUAAAGGAACUACAGGCACCAGAGUAAUUUUUCUCCACAGUCAUUUUUUACUGUAUUAAUCUUGCUUAUUUAGCCAGUGACCGUAUCAAAGUCUUACUAUAUAUGUGAACUUUGGUUGCUUUCCUCCAUGUUGAUGUGCACCUUAACAUCUAGAUAAAAAAUUCGCGUUUGCGGUCAUUCUGUUUAAAUGUCCCACCUACUUGUUCCCCUUAACAGGUACUCACUAGUGUAGUUAAAAUCAUCAACAACAACAUACCUAGUAAAAUCCCACAAAGUGGGGUUUGGGGAGGUUAGAGUGUACGCAGUUACCCCUACCUCCUGUACACAGUUACCCUUACCUCGUGGAGGUAGACUGUAGUUAAAUCAAUAGCUGAUUAAAGAAGUAGGAGUCUUGCUGCCAUUCUUUCUGUUAACCAAGUGUCAAGGGCUACAGAAAAUCAUAUAUAGAUGCACCAAAUAUAUAUGCUGGUCUUUGGCAUAUAUGGAAGUUAUCCAAUUUGGGAGAACUCUUCAAAACUUCCCUUUCGUGUCAAACCUUUCAUUGUGUAGAUCCAACAAAAUGAGCGCCGACCGAACAUGCAAUAGCUCCUCCUGGACUAAGGAGGAAGACAAGGCAUUUGAGAAUGCUUUGGCCGUAUAUUCUGGAGAAAGUGAUCAAUUUCUGAAGAUCGCUGCUGCUGUUCCUGGGAAAUCCAUUCAAGAAAUUAUAGAACAUUAUAAUGUAUUAGUUGAAGAUAUUAACGAUAUUGAGUCUGGAAGGAUUCCACUACCUAAAUAUGAGAGAAUGCAAAGUUCUUCCAGCUGCAGAAGUAGAUUAUCGGGAGCAGAGGUAGAACGGCGAAAAGGGACUCCUUGGACUGCAGAGGAACACAGGUCGUUUCUCCAGGGGUUGGCGAUUCACGGAAAGGGUGAUUGGCGGGGUAUAUCAAGGAACUUUGUGUUUUCUAGAACACCAACACAGGUGGCAAGCCAUGCCCAGAAGUUCUACAGUCGAUUAAAUGACAAUAACAACUCGAAGAGGAGAAGAAGCAUUCAUGAUAUCACUAGUGUGGGUGCUGCUAAUAUUACUGAACCUUCACAAGGACAAAAAUCUGACGAGUUGAUAGGACCUUGUGGAAGACAAUUGCAGUGGCCAAUCGCCGACUAUGUGACUGAAGCUUUCGAUGCAGGGAUGCUAUCUUUACCAGGGACAAUUACAAACUGCACAACUGAUGCUAUUGAAGGACCAUCAGCUGUUAACCCCGAGAAAUUCCCGCUUGGUGCUACUCUUGGUAGUGAGUUGAAUAGUUCAUUUCCCGGCGUGAGCGAGUUCCUGCGAAGUAGAGAAGAACCAAUCAUUGUACCGGCAGAAGGCACCUCUAGAGUAUGCCAUGGGGUUGACACUAGGAUAUCUCCAUCAUUUAGUGUGCAACCAUCAGGUGCUGGUGGCACCGGAAUGUACAAUCAUCCAGUUUCAUUUCCCGACGUGCAUGAGUUCCUGCGAGGUGUAGAAGACCUAAUCACUGUACCGGCAGAGGGCACCUCUGGAGCGUGCCAUGGGGUUGACACUAGGACAUCUCCAUCACUUAGCUUGCAACCAUCAGUUGCUGGUGGCACCAGAAUGUACAAUCAUUCAGUCACUGUACCGGCAGAGAGCACCUCUGGAGCAAGGUGUGGGAUUGACACUAGGACAUCUCCAUCACUUAGCAUGCAACCGUCAGUUGUUGGUGACACCAGAAGGUACACUCAUCCAGUCACUGUACUGGCAGAGGGCACCUCUGGAGCGAGGCAUGGGGUUGAUACUAGGACAUCUCCAUCAGUUGCUGGUGGCACAGGAAUGUACCCUCAUCCAGUCAAUAAUGUUGGGUAUGAUCUGGAAGAGCUAAUGACCAAGCAGUUGGUUGGAGCCAGUCAAGUAGAUUCUACCAUUAACACUGCAAGUUUGCCAUUACCAAUUGCUGAUCAUGUUGGAGUCCAUGGUUGUACAGCUUCUAGCAGCGGCACUAAGAAUGGUUUUGCAAGCACCGUGGGAGCUCCUGAGGGAGGUUUAUCUGUCGAUUCCAUGCAAUUACCAUCAAUUCCUGGCAGUAGUGGCAGUGGAACUUAUCCCUGUUGGAAUCCUAGCAGCAACGACGACAGUAUCUUUGAUCUGGAAGACCUAUUCUCAGAUCACAUAUUUGGUUUUGGCAAAUAAGAAUCUGUUGUUUAUAGUGACAAAUCAUAAUCUGUCCAUGGUUUCACUAGAACAACCACUGCUUUGUUGCGGAUGAGCCAAUGCAGCUGAAGCCUAUUACUUCACGAACUCUCGUGCCAUUACACGUUCCUUGCCCUGCUGGUUCAUUUGCAGCAUCUCCUAGUAGAUCGUUCUAUCGUCGUGUCCUUUUAGAUAUGUCUCUAUUUCCAUAUCCAGUGCUGGUUCUAUUUGUGUAUUAUGGAAUAGCAAACUUUAUCAGUAGCUUAUGUACAUAGAACUACUUAGAACAGGUA